GCUGUUUCCAGCUUGCCCUGUGCAAAUAGACACAUCUUUUAAAUCAACAAUCUGCAGACCCACAAUUGGUCAAGAGUGAAAGAGAGACUCUGAGCAUUUUGGUGAUAGCUUGACAAUCACAAACAGACAGAAAUACUGAAGCUUUGCUACCAUUUGAGAUGAAAUAUUCAGUCAGUGUGUGUGCACUCUCCCUUCUGCUCUUCAUUGAGCUCCCCUCCCACCUCGCCAAAACGAACCCGGUCCUCUCUCUGCCCUCUAAGUCUACGCUCGAUCUCCCGUGCCUCCCCCCAACCGCUCCCGAAUUAUCCGAGGCCAGCAUCACUUGGACGUUCACCCCAGAAUCCCAAACCCAAAAUGGCUCCUCCCCCAUCCUUCUUGGCCCUCCCAGCUACCUCUUGCCCGGCAUCUACCAGGAGAGCAUCCGUCUGUCCAUCCCGACGGUGGGAAUGAAGGACGAGGGGACAUACACGUGCGUGAUCGUGGGAUGGAAAGAUGAGAGAUCGGUGAAGCUGAGGAACUCCUUCUCCGUCCGCGUUUACGAUUCCAGUGCUUUUGAGCUGCUGAAGGUGGCAGAGGGGGAGGUGGGAGAGGAUGUGCAGCUGUCCUGCACUCCUCCUUCUGCCACUCUUUCUCCCCCACUACCUGGCUUCUCAAAUUUCCCUGUCUGGUCCGUAAAGAAACAGGGCAGGUGGGAGAGGAUCUAUCCCAAAGUCGUGGAGGAGGGGGAGACAAACGGCGAUGGCAGAGUCCGAUGGGCUUCUCCCUCAAACCUGAUAGAUGAUUGGUCAGUUAUAAUGAGCGGUGUCACCAUGGAAGAUUCGGGAGUAUACCGGUGUAAGUGGGCCGGGGAGAGCCAGCUGUGGUCAGAGCAAGUUGAGCUCACUGUAAAACCCACCCCCACUGAGCCACCCCCCCGUUGCCGUGGCUACAAUACACCAUGGGAACGGUGUGGUCCGGAGAGCAGUCAGACCUCAGGGAGAGCAAUGCUACAGGAGUCGCUGUCGGAAUUCUCCUUCAAACUCUACUCCCACCUCAGCCAAUCGGAGCGCUCCAAGAACAUGCUCUUCUCGCCGAUCAGCAUCUCCUCGGUGCUGAUGCACCUGCUGUUGGGUGCUCGCGGAAAUACCCAGGUGGCUCUGGAAAGUGCCCUCCGUCUCCCGCACUCCUUCGCCUGUCUUCACCAGGAGAUGAAGAGUCUGAGAGAGAAACUGAGAGACAGCGUGGAGGUGGCUUCCAACAUCUACCACAGCCCUGAGUUACAGUUGAGCCAGAUGUUCAUCAACCAAUCGCAGCUCUUCUACGACGCAGUGCCCGAGAAGCUGACCAAUGACAGUGAUUUGAACGCAAGGCUAAUAAAUGAGUGGGUGGCAGGGAAGACCAACAACAUGAUCACAGACCUCGUGGACUCCGUCUCGUCCAACACCAUUCUGAUGCUGCUCAACACCGUCUACUUCAACGGGAAGUGGAAAAUGAUGUUUGACAAAAAGACUACGAACGCUCCUUUCCUUACACUAACAGGAGAUAUGAUCUCUGUGCCGGUAUUGUACAGCAGUAAAUACAAGCUGGCCCAUAGAUACAGUUCUCACGUCAAAGCUCAGGUGGCAGCAUUCCCUCUGUCCGGGCGAACGACUCUCUACAUCUUGCUCCCACAUUCGGCCUCUCUGAAGGACCUAGAAGAGCUAGAGGAUAGACUGGAUGACCAAAGCGUGCGGGCGAUGGUGAAAGAAAUGGAGAAGACUCCAACUGAAACAGCUGAGGUCACGCUGCCCAAGAUCCAUCUCAGCAUCAAAACCAACCUGAUGGAGAUUCUGGACACCAUGGGUCUGUCAGAUCUCCAGUUCGACCCUAAUCUGUGUGGCCUGUCCUCAGAAGACAGGAACCCGCCCCUCUCCCUGUCGGACGCCCAGCACCGCGCCUUCCUCUCGCUGACGGAGAAGGGCGUGGAGGCCGGGGCCGUCUCCUCCCUCUCCUUCUCGCGCACCUUCCCCUCCUUCGCCGCCCUCCGGCCCUUCGUCCUCCUGCUGUGGAACGAGCAGGUUAACGGCCCGCUCUUCCUCGGGAGAGUGACAGAGCCCUGAAAGAGAGAGAGAGAGAGAGAGAGAGAGAGAGAGCGAGGGAGAGAGAGAGAGAGAGAGAGAGAGAGAGAGAGAGGGAGAGAGAGAGAGAGGGAGAGAGAGAGAGAGAGAGAGAGAGAGAGAGAGAGAGAGAGAGAGAGAGAGAGAGGGAGAGAGAGAGGGAGAGAGAGAGAGAGAGGGAGAGAGAGAGAGAGAGAGAGAGAGAGAGAGAGAGAGAGAGAGAGAGAGAGAGAGAGAGAGAGAGAUGGGGUGGAAGGAAGGAAGAAUGGAUAAGCAUGCAAGAGGGAGGAGACUGAGAGUCAGAGAGAGAGGGAGAGAUCUUUUUUUUUUUAGCUGUCGCUGUUGUAGUCUGGUAUCUGAACCAAUAAUCAUAAUUUAGAAAUGUGAUUUGACAUCAUGAAUCUAAUCUAUACAUGCAGAUAAUGGCAAAACUAACACAGAUGAAAAAAAACUUAAAUAAUUUUCUUUUACUGCGAACAAAGAAGGCUCUUCUCAGUGGGGAGAGAAAGCAAUUGUGGUGGAAUUAAACUGAGUAUUAUAUACGAGAGAAACUGUCUUCACUAACUUACCCAAAGUAAUAACAUGUCUAUACUUUACGGACAAUUAUUGACACAGGAGAUUUCAGGGAUCUUUUUUCUCAUCACUACAUCGCUAUGGUUUAGUCACAUGGAAGCAUGCAACUUUAUUAGAUUCUGAGUCAUGGGACAAUUGCGGUUCAUAACAGCUGUAUGAGGAUUUUACAUGUGGGUGGAAAAAAUCCCAGAAUAAACAAGAAAGUACAAUGGUUUUUCCAAAACCCCAACCAUGUAAUUUUCCAGUCUUAUAUGGAGACAAGUAGAGAAUGAUGACUGUUCUUUGAUUGUUGUGACAAUUUGAAUGCAUAACACUCAACACACUGCAGUAUUAAAAAUGUUAGAGGAAAACACUGUGUAAUUAUGUGUAAUAAAGAAAUAUAAUUUACUAUUUGCAACAAUAA